AAUUCCUUAUAACCCCUUCCUCCACUGUACAUGCUCCAAACGGAAGUGCUCAUUGGAUUUGUACCUGUGUCCUUGUUCUGGUUUCUGUACAUAAUUCGUUCUGCUCCCUUUCCUCCACUAUACAUGUUGUGCAUAAUUCGUUCUGUAUGUAUGUCCUCUAGUAAAGCAUGGAAGCACGUUUGUUGAAUUUCAUUUCCCUUUAUGAAAAAUACAUCAAUAGCUUUCUCAUUGCCUUUCAUUAUGUAGUAGCACAAUCUGUAUUUAAAUAAAUUUGCGUUCUUCUGUUUGGAAUUGAUGAAUAACUGUCAUAAGUUUACUUUUUCUUUCUUCCCAUUUGAUUUAGUUACAAACUGCUCAACAAUGCUAGAGUAGCUGCUCGUAAUUUUUCCACUUGGACCUCCUGAUUGGGAUAUUGUGGUGGAUUUUGGGAGUUUGUUAGCCAUCUUUCCGACUCACUAUUUCAGCAAGCCUUUGAAUUUGUUAAAUGGCAGAUCGUACAUGGAUGUAUAGUGGUUGGCAGUUUGGUGAAAUUACUUCUAACCUAUGGCUUGAACAAACCAACCGAUUUCUAGACCAUGCAUUCUCUUUUCCUGGCGCAGCCGAAGGUUGUAAAAUCAAGUGUCCAUGCUGCAAUGAAAUCUGGACUCAAGAAUUGGGAUGGCAGUGGUAGCACCAGCACGACCCUCAGCGGGAAGGCAAAAAAAAGCUUUCAAUGAUUACUCUGAUUUGGCUAGAGCCGCACAUCCUGAUGAUUGGGAGCAGCGAGAGUUGGAUGGGCAAAUAUUAUAUGAAUCAUUAGGUGGCAUUCCCCAUGGGCGACUAGCAAUAGCAGGUGGGGCAAUCAAGAAGGCUGAUGUUAUCUCAACGGCUAGAGAAAAGAAAUUGAGGCUGUCAACUUCAGCAGCACAUCAACGAACUGUUCAAGAAAAUGAAGAGAUGAAGCGACAUAAUGAGAACCUGCAGCGACAUAAUGAGAACCUGCAACAUAAAGUGGAUAUGCAUGAACGAAUCCUAGUGGCCCUUUUUAAGGAGAUGGGAAAAGAACUACCAGCGGAGCUACGCCAAGGAGCGAGUUCCCAACCACAUGGGACACCUAAUUCAUCUCAUAUGAGACCCCAAGCCACCGAUGACAACACUGGUGAUGAUGAUUUGGGUACAAAUGGUGGUGCUGACAACUCCAAUGGGAAUACCAGUGACCAGGCCAUCAACGCAACUAACCUUUGCACAACUAACAUACAGUGUAAAUAUGCUCUUGCUGUGUCACAGUAA